GGCCUUUGCGGUACCUUUGGCCUUUUACCUCCAAUUGCUCAUGCUCGAAUGGAAUGGAUCAUUGGCCUGCGGAUGAAAGACAGCUCCAGUAUGAUAAUCCACAGAAGCUACGAAAAGGGAAAAGCAAAGAAGUGGAAAUCGCAUGCCAAUUUCCUCGGCUCGACCAUGGAUCCUUAGGUGCUGCCACUCUGGUGCAACAAAAUGGGAGAUUACAAUGGACCAUCCUCGCAGAGAACUCUAACAGACGAAGUCUGUCUCCUAUGGGCCAUUCUGUCAAAGUUUUUCCGGAAACACGUCCACCUCCCUUGUACGUCCCAUCAAGUUCUAUUGUUCACCGUGCCGAACAGGGUGCCCAUUUCUUGAGAACAUAUUUUCCUGACGUGGAUAUACAUAUAGAACUCAUCAGGAAUGAAAUGGAGGAAGAUACUAAGGUUAUGCGUGACUUGGAGGCUUUCGAUACUCGCAGUGGAAACUUGUUGGAUACAAUUAAUUGUAAUAAAGGCCCAAACGACAUAGUCUCGCUAGUUCUAUUUCCCAUGGGCGAGGCAAAUAGGGACCUUAACAUUUCUUGUAUGAAAUAUGGUGAACAUAGUCGUGAUGUUGUCUUUGAGGCGUCUCCACGUGCUGCCUAUACCUUUGACACGCCGAUUCAACAUAUCGUAACACCGUCAAUUCCAUGUGAAACGGACGAAGCUGCAUAUGCAAUUGUUCGCAGUUUCGCAUCCACUUCUCUGAUGAGUGUCACACCCCCGAGCAUAUCAUCUGGCAUAUCAGUAUCCGAAGUGGUUAACUUUGGUAGUUCUGAUGCGGGAGGUCAUUCCAUAGCCGAUGCCAGGUUGUUAUCGGCGCAAUCUGGAGUCGUCAUGGUCAAUGAGAAAGGACACGUUUACCACUACGACGUAUACGACGGUAACAUUGCACUCCAACUUAAUGAAGCGAGUACACGGUUUCGACCUAAUGCGAAUGACAGCUUCUUCAAAUUAGCAUUGUCCAAGUCUCAUGAUGGAUGUAUAUUGGCUGACAAAAACUCCCUGGCACGUCUAGAUUUUCGGAGUGACGAACCUAUAGAACUUUUUCGUUGUCGAGAUUUAAUGACAUUCGUAACAGCCAUAGAACAGCCAGAGCCAGAUCAUAUCAUCCGAUUGUCCACGACGAAUGAAAUCCUCUGGUUAGACGACCGAUUUGGCCGUCAACCUCUGCUAAGUUACAAGCAUAACCGUGAUUUCGACAGGACACUGGAGACUGUGACAGUACGCAUUGGAAAUAAUCCUCUCACACUUUUGACCUCACGGAAAAAUGGGUUAAUAUCUGUUUAUGACGUCUCUCGCAGCACAGAUGGCCUACUAUAUUCUGGUGCCUCCCCUCACUCCCUUCUUACUCAUACGUACUACACUGCAAGACCAGGACACUCGGCAGUCGUCCUUCCUUCUACUACAGACAUGUCUAUGCUUCAUUUAAGCUCCCGAGGCAGUAUCCAUCGUCAAGAUUUUAGGUUGGUAAAUACACGUGAUACUGGCGGAACACCCGUGACCAUCGGAGAUAAAAUGUUUGAAUGGUCGACAGAAGUGCAGAAGUUAGAUACGAAAGCACGGAAGCUUCGCUCAGACCCUGGCCCACUAGGAGCGAGAGCAUUCAGUGAGAGCGAUCUCCAUGAUGCAUACAAAAAACUAUUCCUUAUGGACGCAGUCACAAACCUUCAAGAUGAAAAUGAACCUUAUCACGAAACGGUGGAGAAUAUACCUUUGUUCUGGCAACGUACUGGUGGAGGUGUCGAACAAAUGCUAAACACGUUUGAUAUUGCAUUCCGAUCUGGUGAUGAACCUGGUGAAGUUUCUCGGGCUGAUUUCUUGACAGCAGGCAUAGUCAAUUCUCGUAGGGGCUACAGAGCUCUCUUGCAAGGCCACCUUCCACCCCAGAGUUUAGUGGAACGGGCGCCCUGGCACUAUCGAAUUUGUAACUCGACGAAUCAGUUUCAUACCAGUCCCUCGGGCGAUUGGCAAGCGUUAUAUGAGAGCUUGAGUGGCUUGGAUUUGACUUCCGAUCCUGCGAUGCCAGGACCUGCCUUGAGGAGGCAGUCUGAAGCUCGGGAGCAGCUGGUUCUUGACCUAGCUCUGUCAUCUGAUAUCUUUGCGGCGCGGCCAUUUGUCAAGCCAUCGUCGUCUAAUCAUGGCGACAUGUCGCUGAUGGAUGAACCACGCGAAGUUGACUAUGGAUAUUUGCAUCCAACACCCAAACAUAACACCGAUCACUACGCGGGUCUCAACGGCAAUGCAGAAACCUCCAAAAAACCCAUGAGCAAUGCACUUGGUGUUCGACUUCUGCUGCGAGAAUGGGAUAUUGGGAUAGCUCCUGGGGAUUACGUCUACCACGAUCCUUAUGGCCAGACAGGGAAAACGGCUUUAGGCUAUCGGAAGCAGGCCCGCCCGAAUGCUACGACUGCCACGGAGACCGUCGCUGUCCGUUCCCAGCGUCCUCCUAUGGUAGUCACUUCACUGGCCCCUGCCUUAAGCAGGUUUCCAGAAUACGGGAGCCAGCCGCAAGGACUCAACCAUGGCCGUCCAAGCACCCAAGUACUGCCUACGCAAGAUCAUUUUGCGAGUACUCAGGUACUUCCUGGGGCAAAUGGUGGUCGGCCAUUUACUAACAAGAAAAAGAUCGUGAAAAAGCGAUUGGCCUGUAAGAAACCGACGCUCUGUCGUGCCAAACGCACGAACCUGGACUCGUCGGCCGGUCCAGAAAACAACAUCCAUGGAUGGAACAAGGCAAGCUCGCCACCCAAUCCCUUCUUUGACCAGGCCUCCUUUAAUGAAAGUCUACGACGUCAUAAGCCAGUCGUGUGUGCACUCUCUGCGAGCUACAUUUCUACCCUCGCAGGUUAUCCACUGGACUCUCUCAAAUCGAGACUUCAGACAACUAAAACACGGAUCUCGGUUCCGAGGCUUGCUGCUUUAAUUUAUCGCGAGGAAGGCGUUAUUGGGUUUUAUCGCGGGUUAUGGAUACCACUUAUGACUAUAUCUUUCGUUCGUGCCGCGUCUUUCACAAUAUACAGUAGCACCAAGGAAUACUGCCGAGGUCACCACUACUUUGAUCGACAAAAGGUUUUCGAUGCUGCAAUAACUGGAGGCAUUGCUGGGGCUUUGUCUGGAUCAUUAAUAUCGUUCGGGAGUGCACCUUUUGAAUUGGUGAAGGUUCGAAGACAGUUAGAAUAUACAAUCGCCGCAAGCAAGGGCAUCCAGCUAGUAAAAGCCCCCGGUACUUAUGACGCUGUUCGGGAUAUAUUCAGAAACAACGGAAUAAAAGGGCUGUAUAUCGGCUUCCGUCUGCACUUUUUGCGCGACAUGUCGGGUACGGCUUUAUAUUUUUUCGAGUAUGAUGCAAUGCGGCAUCUGCUGGGACGUCGGCCUUCUGGCGAACAGGGAUCGACACCUCCGUGGUUACCAAUACCCGUUUCUUUAAUUCCCUUUGUUUGUGGUUCGCUGGCAGGUGUAACGUCAUGGGCCCUUAUUUACCCUCUUGACGUUGUGAAAACAAAGGUUCAGCAGCGUGCUCUGGCUGGUAACCCCCCUAGAGGUGUACUAGAAACUUUCCUUCGUCUUGUACGCGGUCCUGAUCCUAGAGAUCCCAAGCCUAUGCUUGCUGGGGUUGCGCGCAUAUAUCGAGGCCUCGGUGUCAGUGCCUUGAGAAGCAUCACAACCCAUGGGCUACUUUGGACUUUGUUCGAUAUGACGUCGAGCUAUAUUGACGGCCUUCCAUGAGAGAGCUGGUGCAAUAUUAUGGACGACAAAACAACAACACUGACCACAUGAUCCCUUUGCAUCUAGUUUAGAUAAUCAUGAUACAUACAUAUUGUAGCAUUCUGCCCAAGGUCAAAAAAAUAUACAUAUAUAAUCCAGCUCAUAGAUGAUUUAUCAAAUACUUAGACACUGCACCUGGAAAGAUUAGGU